AUGGAGAUGGAAGUCUGCGAGGGACAAAAGGUGACCUUCUUCUCCAGUUCCGAACUAGUGGAGCCUACUGGAGUGAUGUUUGGGGCGUCGCAGGCACCGCUGUCUGGUCGAAUGCUUAUGCGCAUCUUGCUCCAUAAGCGAGCUUGGGCAAUUGGAAUUGGGAUUGGAUCCCCGCGGGCCGAUCCGUCUCAAGAUCCAGAGCAUGAUCCCGGCUUCCUGGGCUUGUACCACGGCGGCAGCUCCACCAAUGUGUGCGCAUAUGCCGAGAGAGUUCAUGAAGGAGGAUGGGUUCGUGAUCGUCGCUCCAAGGAAAACUGGGCUGAAGGGACAGAGCUUGCCAUUCUGUUCAACUUCGAUGAUGGCACCAUGCAGUGCUUUGAGGGACGAGAACCAUUUGGCAAGUUGUUUCCAAUUGUCAGCGACAACUACUGGCCAACUGUGGUUUUCUUCGUGCCGGAUGAUGCAGCAAGCAUUGCUGUAGACUUUGUGUGA